GAACAUGUGACCAUAACCAGGCACAUAGUAUAGCUUUAGCUCUCCUUCCUGCUUUUGUGCAACAAUUAGCUCGCUAGCGUUUAUAUGAAUUGCGAUUACAAGCAUGUCUUAUGUUCAUAAUCGUUUAUAUGAUGUUUGUUCAAGGUGCCGUGCUGGUUUUCCACUAAGAGUGACACGAUGGUGCGCAAGUACUGCAUCAGAUGUAGCCCUGCCUGACUUCCUGAAAGGCGCACCACACCGCAAACACCCUGGGGUGACUCACCUCAAAACUCUAUGUCUACCUGAGGGGCUCCAGAGAGGAGCUCUGUCUCUCAUACACAAAUCUGAAGUGAAGGAUUUGACUGAACGGGCUGGUAGGCUUACUAAUUUCCUGUGGAGUAGGAAGCGUGCAGCUGAAGCCUCUCAGCUGAGGGAGAGAGCCAUUGCUCUAGAGAAGAAAUGGAUGUGGAAUGAAAAGGAGCAACAGAGGGAUACAGAUAAGCACUCCUUUGAAGCUCAAAUCAGAAAAAAGGUUUUGACUGAAAUGAGGAGGACGACAUAUCACUGGACACCUCUGAGGUAUGAUGAAGAGCUGGGUGUGGUAUACAUGGCUGCAAGAUUAGCAGGUGGCUAUGCUGCUGUCCUGAGAGCAUUAAAUGAGAUAAAGAAAAGAGAUCUUGCAUUUACACCAUAUUCUCUGCUGGACUUUGGCUCAGGGCUUGGAACAGCUCUCUGGGCUUCACACACACUCUGGGGAGUCUCAUUGAAGGAGUAUGUGUGUGUAGAUUCCUGUGGAGCUAUGAACACCUUGGCAGAACAGCUUCUUACUGGGGGCAUUGAGGCAGGUGAACCACUUAUCAAACACGUCUACUUCCGUCAGUUCUUUCCUGUCUCCCCAAAGGUCCAGGCCGACCUGGUGGUGGCAGCAUUCUCUUUAUCAGAGAUGGCCACCCAGCAUGAUCGACAAGAAACAGUUCUUACACUCUGGAGGAAAACCAGCUCCUAUCUUGUACUGGUGGAAAAUGGAACGAAAGAAGGACACCAGAUCUUAAUGGAAGCCAGAGAUGUAUUACUUAAGAGUGAAGAGAAGGUGACUCCUGACUCUAGGAGAUCAAGGACGUUUGCACCUUGCACUCAUGAAAUGCCUUGUCCUAAGCUGCUUAGCCAGAAAGUAGUUCCCUGCAACUUUAUCCAGUCCUACUACCCUCUGCCCUUACGAGGGAAGAAUCCGGAGAGGGAGCAGGAGAAGUUCAGUUACCUUAUCAUGUCCAGGGUGAAGCAGAAAAGCGUAGGACAGGUGGACUGGGCUCGGCUGACCGGCCCGGUUCAUCGCAGGUCCAGGCAUGUGCAGUGCCAGGUCUGCUGCUCCAAUGGAGAACUCAGACAGUUCGCUGUCACUAAACGCCGCCAUGGACGACAUAUGUACCGAUGUGCGCGGAGUUGUGACUGGGGAGACCAGCUGCCAGUAAUCCAAGCAGAGGAAAACAAUCCUACAGACGAAACACAUGACUCAUACGCUGGUACAGACACCAUGGUCUGAACAGCUAACACUGAUGAAGACCCUUCCCAUGUUACUGGUUAUUUUUGCAGUAGAGAAUGUGGGGAAAGACUGAAUGCAAUUCUGAAGUAUUGCAGGAAGGAUCACUGCAGUGAUCAAACAGUUUCCCUGUCGAAGCUCAGAAAUAUAAAUUAAUUGAAGCAAUAUGGUGUCUGUACAAAUUAUUUUAUACCUCGGAAAACGUAGAUGACCAUCCAUUCACAGAGUAUUUACAAUGCAAUUUCGUUUGGGAUCAAUAAAGUCUUAUCUUCAA